AUGGCUACACUUCCGCGGCUUGCUCCUCUCUCCCUUGCGGCACCCGCACCCGUGCCUUCCACGCCGACCAUUACCAUUCUGGGUAGUAGCCGUUGGGCGCAAGAUGCAGCACUGUUCUGGCUAGCCUUUGGCGCCGACGUGAACCUGAUUUGCGAUCGCGAUCGCGAUGGCGGUGCUGGCGAUGGCGAUGGCGAUGAAGAGUCUGAUGAGUCUGUGGAGCAAGAGCAAGAGCAAGAGCAAGAGCAAGAGCAAGAGCAAGAGCAAGAGCAAGAGCAAGAGCAAGAGCAAGCAAAGUCGUUGUCGUCACAAAUUCAACUUGGCCUACUCGACAGGCUGGCUACGGUGCCACGCUAUCGAGCCCGCAACACGCUCCACACCAUGCCCUCUGCCGAGCAUGUCGGUCUGAGUCACGAUUCUGCUGCUUCCGCCUCCGCCUCCGCCUCCGCCUCCACUUCCGCCCUUUUGCUGGAUCUGAGCGCCAGCUCGCCGUCGGCGUCGCAAGCAAAGGCGAUCAUCCUACCUUCGCCUGCGCCUGCGCCUGCACCUGCGCAGUUGGACAAGGUAUCACGUGAACCGACGAAUGAACAGGCGCAGACGCAGGCGCUCCCGAUGCUCUUGCACCUUCUUCCCACUCGCGAUAACGAUAUCCUUGACAGUGCUGCCCUCGAGAUUCUCCUUCCGGCCAGUGCAGAUGGCCCAUCAUCGGCCGAUGCAUACUCAAACUCUUCCCUCGCCGCUCUCGACUCGCUCAUCGCGGCUUUAGGAUUGACAAGCUGGCGAAGGUGAGUUCUGAAUUCUCGCCCGCAUCCAUCCGGCCUUUCAUGGGUCUGCCUCUCCGAUGGGCGCCCUUUCAUUUGUUGGGUGCUCUUUGGCCGCGCAUCUCUUCAGCCACGACGCGCUUCGCCUUACCCAUCUGACGCGAUGUUAUCCCCUCACACUUACAAAAGAGUGGUGGACGCACAAAGCCCCCUCGAAAGGCUGCGCACGGCUGUUCGAGAUUUUCGCUUUGCAUGUAGCAAGGCGCCAAGGGAUAUAGAGGAAGCACAUCCAGAGCAAGUGCCUGACGGCCUCGAUCUGUACAAGAUGUUGCAGAUCAGAUCAGGCGAAGAGCAUGCAGUGCUCGAUGCUCAGAGAGUCUCACGUGGGCUUGGCCAGACGCGCACGCCCUACAUCUUAGCAUUGGAAUUGCUUCGAGCAAAAUUGCUUUGCAUCGAUGCGCGCACGGGUCAAACACACGAUGUGUGCGAUCUAUCGAGCUUCGGCCCUUCAGGAUCCCUGCGUGGUCCGGAUGGCGUGACUUUUGAUGCCUUGAGAGGGUGCGCAUACGUUACUUGUAUGGGCACGCCGUCCUCCGAUAACGGAUGGAUACUCCGAGUGCCGCUCUCAAUCCGACACGAACCGGAAGGGGAGCGCGUGGGUGCAUCAGAAGCACGCCAUGUGAGCUGCUCGGCGCAGCCAGAAUACGUAGUCAGACCUGGACAGACGCACACGCCGAAGCAAGUCUGUUACGAGGAGAAGACGGAUAGGAUCUACUGGUGCGAUCGAGAAGGUGGCCGGAUCCAGAGCAUCAAGCCGGAUGGAAGCUCUUUACAGACGAUCUACCGCUCUCAUCCCGCGCAUAUCCCCAAACCUCUUGCAGAUCAGCGGGAUUGGUGCGUGGGAAUAGCGAUAGACGCGCAGAGGGACCUCUUGUACUGGACGCAAAAAGGCUACGCAAAGAGCAUGUCAGGAAGGAUCUUCUGUGCUCCGCUCCCCACCAUCGCUUCGCAAUCGCAAGAAGAAGCAUCACACUUGACACCGGAUUCCGAAUCUGUGCACUUGAUCGCCGACGCAUUGCCCGAACCGAUCGACCUGCACCUCAGCCCUGACGGGCAGUGGCUCUAUUGCACCACGCGCGGAGAAGUUCCGUUUGGAAAUUCCGUCCUGAGGUUCUGGGUGGGUCGGUGCGACGAGGAGGGGGGCGGUCAUGAGCCCUCUGCGCAGGCUGCAUUGCAGGUACAGCGCUUGACACCCGCCUCUUUUGCUCCUCUACUCGUUUCGCUGGGCUUUCACGAAGCGAUAGGCCUAGCCAUCUCAUCCACACCUCACCACCCUGACGCUCGUAUCUACGUCGCCGACCUUGGCGGCUCGAUUUGGAGUCACCGUACCAAUGGUACGGAUCGUAGAUGCUUGCUCAAAGAUGCCGGUAGCUUCACAGGACUAUGUUUGCUGGAGUAG